UGUUUUUUUAUCCCAAUCAGUAGCUUCCAGUUAGUAUUGUUAACUCUGUGUUGUUUAUUUUAAACAGCCUUAGAUUUGUAGGAUGAUUUGUUUGCUGGGAAAUUCGGAAGUGUUCACUGAAAUUAUGUAGGGUAGUCUAUGACUCUAUGUGUUCCUUCCUCUUUUGUAGAAGCAAUAUCUUGAACGGAGUUGUUUCAUAUCUAAUCUCUUAUUUCUGUUUUCUGUUGGUGAUGACAGAGAUGGGUAUAUACCUAAGCUCUCCCAAAACCGAGAAAUUCUCGGAGGAUGGAGAAAAUGGCAAGCUCAGAUAUGGCUUAUCAUCCAUGCAAGGAUGGCGUGCAACCAUGGAAGAUGCGCAUGCUGCUUUGCCUGAUUUGGAUACUUCUACUUCAUUCUUUGGUGUCUAUGAUGGUCAUGGAGGUAAAGUGGUUGCAAAAUUUUGUGCCAAAUUUCUUCAUCAGCAGGUUCUUAAGCAUGAGGCAUACAUAGCUGGUGAUAUAGGAAGUUCUCUCCAGAAAUCAUUUUUCAGUAACCCUGCUCUGGAGCAGUGUUUCCCGUUAGAAUAUUUAUUUUUUUGUGGCUAUCUUCUGCACUCCUUGCUGACUUGGUUUCUCUGCAGAAUGGAUGAGAUGAUGCGUGGACAAAGAGGAUGGAGAGAGUUAGCUGUUUUGGGCGAUAAGAUAAACAAGUUCAGUGGCAUGAUUGAAGGGCUGAUAUGGUCUCCAAGGGCUGGUGAGAAUAGUGAGCAACAUAAUGAUUGGGCUUUUGAAGAGGGCCCUCAUUCUGAUUUUUCUGGACCUACCUCUGGUUGCACGGCUUGUGUUGCAGUUAUAAGAGAUAAACAUAUUGUUGUUGCAAAUGCUGGUGAUUCUCGAUGCGUGAUAUCACGGAAGGGACAGGCAUACAAUCUGUCCAGAGAUCACAAACCUGAUCUUGAGGCUGAAAAAGAAAGGAUUUUAAAAGCUGGUGGCUUCAUACAUGCAGGACGUGUCAAUGGCAGCUUGAAUCUUUCGAGAGCAAUUGGUGACAUGGAAUUCAAGCAGAACAAGUUCUUACCUGCAGAAAAGCAAAUUGUGACAGCCAAUCCCGAUAUUAACACUGUUGAGCUUUGUGAGGAUGAUGAUUUUAUUGUUCUAGCCUGCGAUGGAGUAUGGGACUGCUUGUCAAGCCAGCAACUAGUCGACUUCAUUCAUGAACAACUAAAGUCGGAAGCAAAGCUUUCAACAGUGUGCGAGAGGGUGCUCGACAGGUGUUUAGCACCAUCUACAGCAGGGGGUGAGGGAUGUGAUAAUAUGACAAUGAUAUUGGUUCAGUUUAAGAAAUCAGUUGAGCCGAGUAGUAGCUCUGCUGAUGCAGACGAGCAAACCUCUAAAGCCGAAGUUGCUGCUGUUAACCCUCCCGAAACCGUUGUACCUACUAGACUUGUGGGAGCUGAAUGAAUGAGGUUGCAAGCAGGAUGGUGCUUGCUGUUUGUAUGGUAAACUACAUUCUCUCGUCGACAAUCUGUUCCUCAGAUGUGCCCUUUGCUUCCCUUUGUAAAAACGCAAAGAGACCUUGUUUCUAAUCCAUGGUACUACUGCUUGGAGAUUGUGUGCUUACCUUUUUUCGGAACCACAUCAUCUCUCAUUUUAGAAACUCUGUACAGGUCUUGUUGACUGACAGACAUUGUUUCCUUCGUGGCUUUAUACUGGAAGAUCUUUUCGAGUUGCAUCAUGCCUCCACUUGUUGUAUUUCCAACUGUUAACUCUUAGAUCUAUUUUCUUCGGGUCUAAAUUGUCAACUUGCUGAAUCUGUUUGUUUCAGAAUCUUUUUCCUUGUGGGAAUGAUGAUAAACCAUAUCUCUUCCAGAUAUAGGCUAAUUCCUGCUGAAUCUGUUUGUUUGAGCAUCUUUUUGCAUGUGGAAUGAAGAUAUCCAUUUCUAUUCCAGAUGUAUAUAAAGGCUUCUUCGAAACUCUUACUACACGAAAACAGAGCAUAAAACAGGGAAAGAAUUCUCGGUUGCAACGACAUUUGUUUCGUUCAUUCCAUGGACAGCAGCUCAUGA